AUCCUCUUCAGAUCAAAUCCAACCUUGUUGAGAUAAAGUUUCGUCCAUAUGAAAAUACUCAGUCCUAUAUAAUUUCUAACCAGGAUACGAACAUUUUAUUUGAUAGUCGAUAUUAUAGUGCGUCAAUAUGAAAGGCACAAUACUUGCGGUAUUGCUAUUCACCCUCUUUAGCAACUCAUUUGCUAUUAAUGAUACCGACGUUGUAUACGAAUUCGUAAAUUGCACCAUCAGGGCUAUGACUAGUGGGAUUGAAGGGCUUGUUCCUCCCCAUAAUCCACUACACAUCAGGAAUUUCAAUAUUACCGAGGAAAUUUUAGGACUAAGCUACCACAUAGAAAUUACGAACAAUGUGCUUGCUCACUUGGUCGAUGUGGAACUCAGACAAGUAGACGUUACAACCUACACCAAUCCAGACGCUUUGAACAUUGACUACGAUAUCUACUGGAAAGUAUUGAACUUUACCGGAGACUAUGCUUGGUCAGUUGAGUUUCUUGGCGCAGAAAUUGGAGGAAAUGGCAGUUACUCAAUUGCGUUUGACCAUACCGAUUUUACUGGCUUGUUCAACCUCACCAAGCCAGGACAAGCAGACAAAGGCAUAAAGACCCACUUGGAUGACUUCACACUGAAUAAUAUCAUACGGCAGAGCUUGCUAAGAAAUGGGCGUAGAGGAUUUGCCACUCUUCCUAAUGCUGCUCCUCAACCAGACCCAGUUCAAGAGGCUGAUAAGUUGAUUAAAACGUUAGAGUUGGAAAUCCGCAGCCAUGAACCUGCAGUGCUUAAGAGCUACUGUAAGUUUGUCGUUACUACCGGCAAUCAUUUUGGUAUUGACACUAAAUCUUGGAGCCUUAGAAAACCAGUACAUGAAAGGUACACAGUACUGAAAUCAGUUCACAUCUACAAGAAGCACAGAGUGCAAUAUGAGAAACGAACAUACUUUGGCUUUGUUCAGUACAGCAAACUAACUGGAUCCACUGCUGAUACUUUAUUAGAAUAUGUAGAAAGAAAUUUGCCUGAAGGUGUUUCCUUAAAAGCAACCAAGGUGGAGGUGCAACAGAUUCCUGACCAUUUGAAACCCAGUUAGCAACUUAAUUUUAGUAACAUUGUAGAUAUUUAAAGCUAGUUUUUAUGUGGACAAUAAAUCGAUGAAGCUGACCACUUAAGAAUUGAAGUAAUAAGCGCAACUAACUAGCAAGGUUGGCUGGUAUAAUUUGCUAUUAAUA